AUGGCGGACAUAGACGCGCGAAUGGCCACGGUUAGGGACAUGGAUGUGAAGGCGGUGAACGGGGAGUACAUGGAUAACGAGCGAAGCGCGACGCAGGGCCACGGCGCGGAUGAGGGUGAGGACGCUCCGGGACAGUUCGAGGACAUAUUCGACGAUCGAGGAGAGACGAUCGUGGAUUUGAACGAGUCGAGCAUGAAGACGACGAGUAUCAUGGCGUUUUUGGAGACGUUCGCGCUCGGGCCCGAGAGUUUAAACGGUGGGCGAGCGACGCCGACGAUGGGCGAGGUGCUGGAGCGCGUCAAGUCGAGGAGGCCAGACUCUCUGCCAGAGUGGACAAUGACGGCAGCCGCGGCGGCAAGCGCGUAUCAGUUCGCAAUUAAUAAGAAGCGAUUGGCAGAGCAAGCCGCGUCUCGCCUUAAGGAAGCGAAGAGAAAACAUGCCAAGCUGCAGGCUAAGGCGGACGCUUUGGAUACACAACUGCACAUGGUGCAGUACGGCAAGACGCCGGAUGGAAAGCCCGUGAAACCGAAUCAGAUCAAGAACCUACCACACCAGACGCGUCCGCGUGGAAAGAUGCCGCCGCCACCGUCCGAGCACACAUCUGCGAUAUGGACGAAGGCGCUCAAAAAAGACGUGUGCCACGUCUGCGGUGAAGGUGAAUCAGACUACUGGCACGACGAUGACGAGAUCGUGUUCUGCGACGGCUGCGACGUCCAGGUGCAUAUGUCGUGCUACGGCGUGAUGGCACUUCCAGAGGGUCAAUGGUUCUGCCGAGGUUGCAAGGAAGGCGUCACCAAUGGACCGCUCGUGAGCUGCGGGACUCCCAGAGGCAUUUGCGCUAUGUGCCCGCAUCCCGGAGGGGCGUUGGUGCGAGUGGAACCUCCGUCGAAAAGGGACGUGCCGUGGCUUUCUCCCGGUCAUCACGCGCACCUAGCGUGCGCUUUAUACUUGCCUGAGGUGAAGGUGACUCUCCAGAAGAAAGGACAAUCUCCUGUGGUGGAUAUGACGCAGACAAAGUUGACGCGUAUGAACUUGAAAUGCUCUGUCUGCGACGAGCCCGGUGGAUGCACGCAGUGCGCAAUGCACAAAUGUUUCCACGCGUUCCAUCCAUUGUGCGCGAGAGGAAACGGUCAAGUGGCGCUUAGGCAAGCGAUUACGGGGCAACCGAUGGCUUUCUGUGAAGGUCACAGCACUCCCGAGUUCGAGAAGCAGCGUUUCAUCACUUGCGGGUACAGUGAAGAUGGAACUACCGAGCACUCUAGACCAUCCAGUGUUUUCUGGCGAGAGAACGCAAACACGAAUGCCCCCGCAGAGUCACGAAUGCCCCAGACGGUACUUGAACGGAUCAAAGAUGUGAAGAAGGCGAUGAAGGAAGAUGCUAAUAAACCGAAAGAGGGCGCGACGGACAAAGUCUUCCAGCGUGCAACGAGUGCAGAGGCAAAGCGUAUCUCGAUCAUGACAUGCACGCGACACGUAUUCCAUAGCGGUCGCUCGUCGGAUGACGACGAAACCUGGAAGUCUUUCUUCAUGCAACUCCAACGAGAGUGCAGGCACCUCCAUCCAGAUGAGGCACUGAGGCUAAACGAGCUCAACGCAAGUCUCGGAGAGGCUGAGGUGAAGAAUGCGCUCAACGUUUUGGCUGUAAAUCAUCCGAGGAUUCCUCAAGGGGAAGAGAUGUUCGCCGAUCUUGCACCUUGGAAGUACAUGAAGCAACACCAAAUCGACGCGGUGCACUGGAUGCAGAACCUGUUCUCACUGGGCUUGGGAGGGUACCUGGACUUUCAAAGUGGCUUAGGAAAACGCCUCACGGCACUCGCCUUUAUCCAAUGGACUCGUGAUGGUUUAAGAGACGUCGGUCAGCAUUUAAUCCUGUGCCCGAGAGAAACAAUUCAUCUGUGGACUGCCGAUCUUCAUCGUUGGUGCACGACUCUUCGCAGCUUGAAUCUUGUGAGUGAAACGGAUGAACGUUCAGAGGAAAACGCCGGUAAGAUUCGAGCGUUGGCGUUUGAUUACAUUAUCGUGCCAUACGAUCGAUUGCAUGAAUCCGAGGCACUCAAGUCCACGCCUUACAAAAGCGUGAUUUGCGACGAGUUCCCGAGUGAUGGUGGAAAAUCGUUCAAGGCGUUGUUUACAGCAGUCGCAGAGAGGCGCAUUCAAGCAGGAUCAACCUUUUUCUUGGGCCAAUCUGUCAUCAAUCAGGCCAAAUGGUCUGAACACGGAGCAAUCAUUUUCCCCGAUCUUUGCCGACAUGGACGCGCUCCUGCGGCGUCGUCUGAUAGUGUCGAUGGGAUACCGCAGUUAUUGGCUGAUUGGCUCCGCUUUACUGUGACCGAGCGCGUCGUGGAACCACCAAUAAAGGCUGUGCCUUUGGCGAAAUUUUCCACGAUCAACGUGAAGCACCCUACUGAUGAUCUCAUGCACAUCUUCAGGGCGAUGCGAAGACACGGACAAAAAGUACUAGUGAUUGGAAACAGCGCAGAAUCAUUGGCCGCGGUAGAGGAGGGGAUGAGAUCGGCAAAGCUUGAGUAUGCCCGCCUGGAUGAAAGCGAACAGCCGCUAGGCGCCGCCUUGUACGCAGUCGCUCGCUUCAGCACAAUGGCAGAGAACAACAUAUCGUUUUUACUCUGUGAGGAGAAGAAUGUGAGACGUCAGCAAGGUCGUCUUUCGAACGCGAGUACGGUCUUAUUUCUGGACGGUGGUUUUUCGGACGUAAUCGAAGCCUCUGGCGCUCCAAGGGAGGAUCGAUUAUGGAACGUGGCGAAUCGCAUUUGGGGGCUCGAGCCGGUGAAGGGCACGACUAACUUCGUGAAAAUCGUGGAUCACAAUGGAAAGGAUAUCGUUUGGAUGCGUGGUUCGUGCUCUAAAGAAAUUCCGGAGGAUACGCCGGCUUACCUGACACUUACCAUCGAAAAAAUCCCGAUCAAUGGCAACGUCCCGCCCGAGUUCACCUCCAAGGAUGUGGCAAACUGGGACGCCGCUGUUGAGAGAAAGCGCGUCAGAGACGAGACGGAAGAGCCCACGUGGUGGACCCUGCACGAACAUACGUGCGUGUACUGCAACGGCGCCCCUGGACAGUGCAAGAACAUUCCUCCGGCGUUUUUGCCUCCAGAAAAGGCCGGUAUGAAGAUUCGCUGCGUGUCAUGCCCGCGCAUCACCUCGAUGGGUUGCGCCUAUCUUCGCAGCGUGCCGAAGUCGUGGAAGUGCCCCCAGCACGGGUGCGCGGCCUGCGCGAAGCAAGCGGCACCGGGUCACAUCACUUUUAGAUGCGUCUCUUGCCACCGCGCCUUUUGUGAUUCGUGCUCGUCGGGUGCCUCUUUCGACGCCAUCUCCUACCACCCGGUUUGGAGUCCGAGCGGCUUCACGUUGCCAUCGUAUUACGAGUAUGUUCGUUGCGCAAUUUGCGUGGACAGUCUCCUGGCGGAUUCAACGAGCUCGCGCCGAGCGAAACAAUAA